AUGUUUCUCCAGAGGGUGGUGCGGCCGGCGAUGAUGAUGACUAGAUUGAAGGAGACGACCGGGAUCGUCGGUCUCGAUGUAGUGCCCAACGCCCGAGAGGUCCUUAUUGGCCUCUAUUCCAAAACCCUAGAAGAGAUCAAGGUAGUGCCUGAGGAUGAGGGAUACAGGAAGGCCGUAGAGAGCUUCACGCGUCACCGGCUUAAGGUUUGCCAGGAGGAAGAAGAUUGGGAGGUCAUUGAGAAGCGCAUAGGCUGCGGCCAGGUCGAGGAACUCAUCGAAGAAGCGCAAGAUGAGCUCAAGCUCGUCGGACACAUGAACGAGUGGAAACCCUGGGGCAUUCCCGAUGACUAUGAUUGUGAAGUUAUUGAGAAUGAUGCCCCAGUCCCGAAGCACAUUCCCCUGCAUCGACCUGGUCCCCUCCCUGAGGAGUUCUACAAGACGUUGGAGCUUGUUAACACUGGAACUUUAGAGACGAUCGUUUCAAGCCCAAAAAAGGACGAGCCAACUAUCACUGUCACAUCCGAGUGGAAACCCUGGGGCAUUCCCGAUGACUAUGAUUGUGAAGUUAUUGAGAAUGAUGCCCCGGUCCCGAAGCACAUUCCCCUGCAUCGACCUGGUCCCCUCCCUGAGGAGUUCUACAAGACGUUGGAGCUUGUUAACACUGGAACUUUAGAGACCAUCGUUUCACGCCCGAAAAAGGACGAGCCAACUAUCACUGUCACAUCCGGUGAAUCACAGUCAAAAUAG